AUGCCGUUGCGGGAACUGCAAUUUAUUAUCGCAGCUCCUGAAUCAGCAACAUUAACCACGCCACAGCGGAGAAUCGCUCGUUCGCAUGCCGCACGCUCCGCACACGCCCGGGAGCGGCACUUCCGGACUUCACAAUACCAGGCGCAGAAGAAGCGUGAAUUGCUGAAUGAUGUAACAUUCAGGUUGAACAAGCCCCCCGAUAUCGUCACUGUACUUCCGGCUUCCCGAAAAGAUCCCUUUACUAGCUUUGCAAGGCCCUUGAAGCCACUGGAGGAAAUGCUAUUAGAUCACUGUAUGUUUUUGGCCUAA